ACCACAAACCAAAUCCACCCCUAAAACCCUUCUUCUCCAAUCUUCUUUCAUUCUUCAAGAAAUGGGUAGCAACCAAGCGGCAGUCUCCUUCUUGACCAAUCUAGCACGAGCCGCCUUGGGCCUCGGCGCCUCAGCCACAAUCCUCAAUUCCUCCCUCUACACCGUCGACGGUGGCCAGCGUGCUGUCCUCUUCGAUCGUUUCCGUGGAGUCAUUGACGAUACUGUCGGAGAAGGUACUCACUUUCUCAUUCCAUGGCUUCAAAAACCCUACAUAUUCGACAUCCGAACAAAGCCCCACACCUUCUCUUCAAUAUCUGGCACCAAAGAUCUGCAGAUGGUUAACCUAACUUUACGUGUCCUAUCUCGCCCCGAAGUCAACAAAUUGCCCUCCAUAUUCAAAACCCUUGGUCUCGAGUACGACGAGAAGGUUCUUCCAUCAAUUGGGAAUGAAGUUCUGAAGGCUGUUGUUGCUCAAUUUAACGCCGAUCAGCUUCUCACCGAGCGUCCGCACGUGUCGGCGUUGGUUCGUGACAGCUUGAUCCGCAGGGCUAAGGACUUCAACAUUGUGCUUGAUGAUGUAGCGAUCACUCACCUUUCUUAUGGCGCGGAGUUCUCAAAGGCCGUGGAGCAGAAGCAGGUGGCUCAGCAAGAGGCUGAGAGGUCUAAGUUUGUGGUUGCUAAGGCGGAACAGGAGAGGCGAGCUGCAAUCAUAAGGGCUGAAGGAGAGAGUGAGUCUGCUAAGUUGAUAUCUGAUGCAACAGCUGCUGCUGGAAUGGGAUUGAUUGAGCUUAGGAGAAUUGAAGCAUCGAGGGAGAUCUCUACAACCCUGGCCAGGAGUAACAAUGUCAUGUACCUUCCAAACACAGGGAGCCAGAUGCUUCUAGGGCUUAAUCCAUCUCGCUAAAUUGGCAGGACUUGUUUGAUUUGAAAGUCGGAGUGGAUUAAAGAUUAGAGAGCUUUUAUUUAUCUAUAUAAUGGUCUAGAAGUUGAAAGAAACAUUUAAAGACUUUAAUUUUAUGUGAUUGGCAAUUGAGAAUGGGAUAUGGUGAAAAGCAGAGUUUGAAAACGAACCACCGAUUUAUUACUUUAAUAUUCUGAUAUGUAUGAUCAUAAGUGAUAAGACAGAGGAUUACACACACUGGUUGUGGUUGACUAGCAUUUCGGCUUUUGCUUAUUUUGUUUCAGGAGCAAUCUGAUAUCUUUGUUAAACGUCUGUCAAAAUUCAAAUCUUGUUUGUGUUUGUUUA